AGCCGUAUCGCAACAAUAUGGCGCAUGCGUGUGUGUAUGGGUGCGAGCAGCCCGAAACAAAGAGCCCCGAGAGCUUGGCGGAGAAAAACUCGCCCUGCCUGUACUCAUUCCGAGUUAUGCGUUCGCUGUGCGCAGACCGACCGAUCGUCAUUCCGUCUUUGCCGCGUGCGCCUGGUUGUGAUCCAUUUCGUGUGAGCCCGUCUUGAGGGGUUUUUGUUGUUGCGUUUAGUGUCUAUCAAAGCAAGGUGCAUCAUUCGUGCGUAGGUGUAUGUGUGACGUAUGUAUGCGUGUGUGUGUGUACAUGUGAUUUAGUGAAAGCAGCAAUUGUGCUUCAAGUGUGUGCGCUAAUUGCAUCAAGCAAUACUGUUUGGGAUGCAACAUCAACUGAAGAUUUCCCUGUGACGUUUCAGUGAGUUUCGAAAAGGAAACGAGUGAUUGCUAUAAAACAAAAAGCUAUAAAACAAGUGGAACUAGAGUAGAGCUGUCUAUCCACCCGAUUGCAGCUGUCUUAAUGUCGGUGUGCGCGUGUUCCGUGCGGUGAUGAGCGUUUGAAAAGUCGCGUACCAGUGCCCACAAAGAAACAAAAAAAAAACCCAAAACCAACCCGACAAAAUUGAGUCGAACAAGCGUGCCAGCUGCCCCCCGACCGCCCCCUUCAUGAUCGACACGUGCCGCACGGAGGAGAAGGUGUUCAAGAUUGCCACCAACUACAAGAUGCCGACGCUGCAGCCCCGCAUCGGUUUCAGCAUCGACUCGAUAGUGGGCAACACCACGCCGAAAUCGCCGCCCUCGCCGCCCCACACCAUCACCAAGCAGGGCGACACGGCGAUCGGCGGUGGCGUUGGUGGUGGUGGUGCUGUCCCGCCCGGCAGUGGCCCGGGCGUACGGACGCCCAGCCCGCUCGCCUCCGAGAGCUACUCGGUGCGGUUGAACCGGCUGCAGAGUCUGUCGCCGCCGCACAACUACAGCAUCACCCGGCUGCCCGAGAGCCCCCAGAGCCUGGAAGGAAGUCACGCCAGUGUCCGCUCGCUGGAGGCGCUGCAGUCGCGCCUCUCACCCCCCGUCAGCCACACGGUUAGCCCGGGCGCGGUGCCACUCUCCCUCAAACGGCCACGGAGCUCCUCGCCACCGGUAUCGCCACCGCCGCCGCCGCCCUCAGCGGGCGUCGUUGGGCUGGGCGGCCCGCAGGGUGGUGGUCCGGUACCGCCGGCCCACCCGGCCGGCCCGAUCGUGGUGCCCGGCCUGCCGCCCGGUCUGGUGCGCCCGUUCCCCGUCAGCCCCUCGCAGCACACGCCCGGUGCACACCCUGCCCAACCCGGCGGUCCCCAGCCGGAGCUGAAAUCGUUGCCCCCGUUCCUGCACACGCCCGAGAUGGUGCAGGCGGCCCAUAAUCAGCACUUUCUGGCGGCCCAGUUCCAGGCGGCCGCCCUUGCCCACGCCCAGGCGGGGCAACCGUUCCCGCCGCAUCCGGCCGCCGCCCAUCUGCACAAUCCAAAUAUGCCCCCGCGCGACAGCUACCCGCUCUACCCGUGGCUGCUGAGCCGCCACGGACGCGGCGUGUUCCCGAUCGGCUUCCCAGGAAACUACCUCAUACCGUUCCGCAAGUCGAAGCGCGUCCGGACCGCAUUCUCGCCCUCGCAACUACUCAAGCUGGAGCAUGCGUUCGAGAGCAACCACUACGUCGUCGGGGCCGAGCGCAAGCAGCUCGCCCAGAACCUCAACCUCUCCGAGACGCAGGUGAAAGUGUGGUUCCAGAACCGGCGCACCAAGCACAAGCGCAUGCAGCAGGAGGAGGGCGGUUCCGGCUCCGGCAAGUCCACCGACGGCGACCACCAGAAUCGGUCCGCCUCCAGCCCGACCGGCAGCUGCGACGAGGAGGACGACGAGGACGAGUUCAUCGACAUGGACGACUGUCCGAGCGAUGAGGAAAACAUGCACCACAAUGGCUAAGCCCGCCACGGUGCGCGCCCGUUUCAGUGCCAAAAUGGCGUCACACCCGUGUCGCAGAGGAAAGCGGCUUGCGAAACUGUACCAGUGAUUCACGUGUUUCCACUAGCUUUGGUUCCCCCACUUUUGCUGGAACAAAGUUAGUGCGAGAUCACCAAACCCCGCGCCCAAGCCAACGCAACCGGUGGAGCAGAUACCCGCUCCAUUGCAUUGCAGAGAAAGUAUUGAAAGUAUUAUUAUUGUGUUUUUUUUUCUUUGUACAUUUGUGAGUUAGAAUUGCUAGGAGGUGGCUGGCACUACAGAACGGAAAACAGGGGACAUCAACCCACACCCGCAUUACCAUUAGGGAUUUGUUUGUUUUUUUUUUUUAGAUGCUAACCUUUAUCUCUUGUACAUAGGGCAGGCUGUAGGAUAGUGCAAAGCGUGUUGCGAGAGCAGAGAGUUUUAUUAGUCAUAUAUAGUUUUGGGGGAUCCAUGCCCUUUACCGUGUACUGCUACUACUACUAAUACUACUAUUUGUGUUGCUAACUGAGAAGAUGUAGCAAUCCACUUCAUACGAGGCUAAUGAUGCGUUAAACGAAAAGAAGUAAGCGAGAGAGAGAGAGAGAGAGAGAGAGAGAGAACUAGGGCGUUUGGUGUACAUUGAUUACGAUUAGCACUAGAGUUCCAUGCAGCUCAGACAAACGCCGAUCCGCCACAAAAUCAUGCCAACAAAUGGUGGCAGGGCCGAUGGUUGAGUAACCUGUAAAUUAUCGGAAAUAUUUAAUAAAUGUAGCUAUAAAAACGA